AUGACUGCUGUGGCUCCUUUGGAGAUUCGUGUCUUCUCUGACUUAGUGAACAAGGCUAGAGUAAUGGAAGAAUAUGCCAAGACCGUGGCGACAUACAAGGACACUCAUGGAGGGAGCUCUAGUCGGGGGCGUGGCAAGUACCUUCAUCCGAUAGGACAAAGCUUCAAGAGAGGAGGAUAUGCACCUCAAAGCCAAGGGGGCUUUAGAAAGAAUAAUCAGAAUCAAUUUCAGUAUGCUAAGGGAAGAGAAAAUCAGAGUGGUUAUUUCAAUUGUGGGUUGCCUGGCCACAUUGCGAGGGAUUGUACUCGUGGGAGGAACUAG